UAGAUAACCUCGCUCUAUCUCGUAUAUUACUGGAAGUAGCAUAGCAACAAAGGCGCAUGCAAAGGGCUAAUCUUCGGCUUUGAGCGAGCAUAUAUACAGGGAUCAACAGCUCAAAAAACCCCCCACAGCCCUGCACUGACGACACCAUCACUCCACCCACCUCUUCUCCAUCAGCUGUGCUGUGCCGCUGAAAAGAUUUCUAUAACUUUCGAAACACAAUCAAUUGACUUGACUCAUAAUCCUUUUUCUUUCUUUCAUAUCCUCACAAAUCUUUCAAAGCUUUCGUAAAUAUGGCCACCAAAAGAAUAGUCGUCUGUGGCGGAAAUGGAUUUCUCGGCAGCAGAGUAUGCAAAAGUGCUGUUGCGAGGGGUUGGGAUGUAACAUCCAUCAGGUACAUUUGCUUCUCAAUUGAACAGGUUUUUUGUGAAAUAUCUCUAAUUUACAAACAGUCGCUCAGGCGAACCCCAAUGGUCCUCCGUAACAUCCUCGCCCUCCCCUCCGUCCUGGUCCCACAAAGUAACCUGGGAAUCCGCCGACAUCCUCAAACCGUCCACCUACGCACCCCUUCUCAAACAAGCCGACUAUGUAGCCCACAGCAUGGGCAUUCUCCUGGAAGCAGAUUACAAAGGCGUCAUAUCAGGAAGGGAAUCACCAGUCGCUGGUCUAAAACGCGCAUUCUCAGCUACCAAAGCUGGUUCUCAAAAUCCACUGCAGAGAAAAAGCGCAGAAGACCUGAAGUCGCAGGAGAAAGAUGGGCAAAUAACAUAUGAAUUAAUGAAUAGGGAUUCGGCCAUUACUUUGGCUCAGGAAGCAAAUAAGGAGGGCGUGAAGGCUUUUGCGUACGUUAGUGCUGCUGGCGGGGCGCCAGUUUUACCUGAACGAUAUAUCCAAUCGAAGAGAGCGGCAGAGAGUACCAUUUCAAGCGAGUUCCCCAAAAUGCGGGGGGUGUUUAUAAGAUCGCCUUUACUAUAUGACAGCUCCAGAAUUAUUACGAUUCCAAUGGCGGCGAUAACUGGGGCGACGACAGUUUUCAAUGGUAUCACGGGGGGACUUUUUGGUGGAUUUCUGGGUGCAGCUGCAGCGAAGCCUUUGAAAGCUGACGUUGUUGCUGAGGCCUUGGUUGAAGCACUGAGUGAUGAGAACGUCAAGGGGCCAGUCGAAGUCAAGGAAAUUGAGGGGCUUGCUCAAAAAGCCUGGAGGAAGGGAAUGUUAUGAUUUGAUGAGCACAAGCUUUGGCAACGGC